GAAUCCAGUAUGCAGCUCUCUUGCCAAAGCUCGGCAAUGUCGCCCAGAAGGGUGCUUGAAGUGAGACCGGGCGAUCAAGACUCACAGAAAUGGCGCGUGUCACUGAGUGAAGACGCAUUUGAUUCCUUCAUUGCUCGAGGUGGGGACGCAGCUAGAAAGGUCUUCGGAGAGGGUUCCCUCUUUAGCCCACUGUUGUUUGGGAAAUUCUUCGACCCUGCUGAUGCCUUCCCGCUCUGGGAGUUUGAUUCAGCAACUCUACUCGCAGGUCUCAGGAGUGCCUCCAAAACUAGUGUUGAUUGGGAUGAAACAGAUUCAGAGUAUUUCGUGAGAGCUGAAUUACCAGGUGCAAGGAAUUGUGAUGUAGAGAUAUGUGGUGAAAAGGGGAAGGUGAUUGAGAUCACUGGGAAGUGGAGGGGCCGAGAAUCAGAUUCGAGAGACUGGAAGACUGGCCGCUGGUGGGAGCAUGGAUAUGUCAGGCGCCUCGAGUUACCGGAAAAUGCAAAUUGGAGAAAAAUGGAGGCAUACAUUGACAACGAUAACUUCAUUGGAAUAAAAAUCCCAAAGAAUAUCUCAGAGGGCAACAUUCACCAAAAAAAUGCUGUGGAGCCCAAGGAAUAAGAAUAUGUAUGAAUGACGGCAAUGAUCGACAUUUACAGCAUACUUUUAUUCUAAAAAUAUAAUGAAGACUGAAAGAAGAUAACAUAUAGAACUAUCUCGAUGUCCACAUUUUUUUUUUCCUG